GGGGCAGCUGGGGGUCUGAUCGUGGGCAUCGCUCUCUCGUUCUGGGUCGGUGUGGGGGCUUUCAUUUAUCCAGCACCCAGCAAUAACACACGUCCACUCGAACUCAACACUGCAGGCUGUAACUUCAACCUUACAGCUGAUGGAUUCAACCAGACAUCAGUCACCGCGAGCGCUCUCACCUCUGACAGGUAUUGGCUGGCUGAUUCAUGGUACUCCAUGUCCUAUCUGUACUAUAGUGCAGUGGGCUUUAUUGGCACUGUAGCAGCAGGUCUACUCAUCACACUGCUGACGGGACCAAUGGAUCCCAAAAAGGUAAAGCCAGGACUGACUCGAUCAGUGAAGGACGUCAUCUGCUUCUGCUCGGAGAAAUUCAUACACGCAGACUUUAGUGAAGACAAAGAGGAUUUGGGAGACUUUGGCAUGGCAUGGGAGAAACAUACAGACACGGAAGGUGUUAUAAAAAUGGAGGAGAAGGUCAAGAGUGAUAAUGAUAAUCUGCACGAAAACGGUUACACUAAUGCCGCUUUUGACCAUAAUGAAACUAGUCAA